AUGCGUAUGAACAAAUCAGAUAGGGUAAACCGCGAUUCAGUACUGGGUAUAAUCAAACAUAUUGUAUCGGGUUGGACCUAUGAUUCCUGGUGGUAUGAUUAUGGAAGUAAAAGCUCACCUUGGAUAUCAACUACGACGGAUUUUCGUUGGGCCAUAUGGGAGAUAGCCAGGAGAUUAACAAAGUUGAAUAGAGAUCAAGUUGAAUUAACGAGAACAAGUGAAGACUGCUAUGGAUUUUGCCAAAUCGGCUUCGGAGGCGUUGUACCAUGGAGAAUAUUUGAUAAGGAUGUAUUGGAAAGUACCACAUGGACUAGAUAUUCGACUCCAUUCGACUUGCCUGAGUAUUGUUACAUAGCCGAGAAAUACUGGACGAACGGUGAAUCAUGGUUGGAUCGUUUGGUUUGGAACCCUAGAUUAGCCUCGUUCUAUGAUGCGGAUGAGAUGAUGUCGAAGAGGGAUGAGCAGAUCUCAAGCUCUAGACAGCCUAGUAGGAGAUGA